AUGACCCUGUGUCUACAGCUAAAUUUGAACGGUAACAAGGAGGCCCAGGACCUCCUUGUCCACCACUCUAGAGAGAUAGGGGCCGCUGUCUGCGCGAUCUCGGAACCCGCCAGAUUACAUAGCCCAUACCAGCUAUGGUUUCAUAGUCAUGACGGCCUCGCGGCUAUUUACGUCAACAACAGGGCCAUUACGCGCCCCGCCACGUUGGAGGCCCGCGGAAGACACUGCGUUUUGAUUAGAUUGGGAGAGUUUUACUUCCUCUCCUGUUAUAUCUCUCCUAACGUAAACCUCACGGAAUUUUCGGACUUUUUGGAGGAGUUAUCCACGAUCUGUUCCGGCGUGGCUCACAAUAACAAGCUUAUUAUCUGCGGGGACUUUAAUGCCCACUCUGUUUCCUGGGGUUCAAAUACAUCCAACGUCAGAGGCGACGCUCUUGAGGAGCUUGCGUCGCAACUCGAUUGGAGGCUUGUGAAUCGAGGUAAUCAGCCCACGUUUUCGAGUCAUCAGGGAACUUCGAUAAUUGACCUCACUUGGACCUCCCCUGACCUAUUUAAUAGAGUGCGCGAUUGGUCGGUCCGUGAAGACUUAGAGUCCAUGUCGGACCAUCUUUACAUCUCUUUCGUAAUUACGGACUCUCUUUCUCGGCGUAUAACACCAUCUCUUCCCCGAAGGUGGAAUUUCAGGAGGAUGGAUGUCGGGCUAUUUCAGGAGGCCAUCGAAUGCAAGUGCGCAGUUACUCCUGGUGACCCGGAAUAUCUUAACAGAGUGGGCCCAGACAAGUGGAUUAACAAUUGCAUCUACGAUGCUUGUCAGGCGGCGGUCCCUCGCUUACGCGCUGCCAGAGUAGAUAGGGCCCAUUGGUGGAACGACCAAAUUGCGCACUUGAGAACCGAGGCUAUCGCCGCGAGGAGGGCCUGGACCCGCGGUAGACGCAGAAACUCCCCGGUGGUUCUGGAGGCCAAGAGGACUGCGUAUAUGGCUGCUACUCAGAGUCUCUAA